AAUUGGCCACCUGUUGAGUUCAAGCUGAAGCAUGACUGAAGAAGUGCGGGCGAACUUGGCGGAAAUCUGUGGAAAGAAGAAGUUGAAGAUUGCAGAAGAGCCUCAAAGAUUUGAAGAAAUCGAAUUCUCACAAAAUGGCACAAGGAAGCUUCCAGUAUCAAGGAACACAGCGGAGAGCCUGUGGUCCUGGAGCACAUUGGAAUGUCCAGGUGGUGAGAGACAAGGUGACAACUCGAUGCUUGUGGUACGCGUGUGAAGCGCUAGGAAUUGGGCUGCUGCUAAUGCUUUUAGGAGCUUGCAUGGCGACCAUAGGCUAUUUUGCAGACCAGCUAUCCGUGGCGCAGGAAGUCAGAGGCAAUAUUACUAUAAAAGUGAAGAAUGAAUCUCGUGGAUUUCACUUAAACAAUCUCAGUUAUGCUGGACCUAUAGUGAUGGGCGUAGGAGGGUUCAUUGUGGUGGCAGCUUGCGUAAUGACCUUUGAAGCCCGCGACAACGCUGCCAAAGUGGUCCCAGCGCGAUUUCGUUUCAAUCAGCCGUCGACCAUAAAGAGCAUAAGAAACCAACGUAAUCGAAGAUCGAUUUCUAGUCAAACUACGAAAUGGGAUCAUCAACUAGGCGUGUUUAGGAUGAAUAGAAGUCCCAGCCCUAGCAUACACGAGGUCCUCAGGAAACAGUUGACGGCGGAGUUCAUGCAAUUCUCGAAAGAAAUAAACGAGAAACAGGCCGGACACUCGAUUAAGAAAAGUCCCAGCGCCCCAACUUUGGUGGAGAAAAAAUCGCCGAGAAAAAGGACGACUAAAUAUGCUGGUUGCGCUUUGUUGAAUCCUGAAUUAUUGCAGAGGCAUGCUCUAUCCGUUGACAAUCCUAGCUAUAGUAAUUAUCAGGUUAGUAGGGAGAGUCUGGAGCAGCAGAGGAUGGGCGGGAGCCAGGUUUCAAUGGCGAUGGAUUUGCAUAUUCCAAACAAAGGCCCAGUUACGCUAAAAAUUAAAGAUAGAUCAGACACUUCGAGACGCCAUCAGCUACUUCGACAAACUAAGGUCGAAUAUGUGGAAGAAUUGGACGAAUUACGAUCCCCCGUCAGUCAUUCUUCGUCUAAUUCCCCAGGAAAUAGAAAUUCUUUGGAUGGUCGACAUUUCGAAGAUUUGGCCUCGAAGGAGCUGACGAAAAUAUCACGCAAAAUGGCAGCAUCGAGCUUCCUGAGAAUGUCCGUCGAUAAGGCAGGUAAUGACAGGAGGGUGGAGAGAUCUAUGGGAAAUCGAAAAGCUAGUUUGGAGUUUAGAAGAAGCCCUGAUUUUAGGAGAGGGGAUUAUAGGAAAUUAUCAGUGGACAGAUUUAGUGUUGACUGCACUAAAUAUUUCCCCGAGGAACUGAGUAUUAGAUCAAGGACGAGCAGUGGUGAAAACUUGAAAAAACAUCGUCAACCGAAACUCUACCAAUCGAUUUCCGAUGACAAUAAACGACAAUUGUUUAGAAAUAGGAAAGAUGAUAACUCGAGUAGACAUUCUUUAAACACACAGGCGGUCAUCGAGAGUGGUGGAUCUGAUUUUGAGUUCAAGUAUUACGCAGAAACGUCGUUGGAUACCGAAGAAAGUCGAGCAGACUAUUCCGAUGAAAGUCACGUGACGGAUUUCGAAGAAUCGGCCGGCAUCGCUGCGUCUGAGGGGCCUUUCGAAGCUCAUGCUUUGCUCGAGGAACCAGAAUUAGAGAAUCUUCAGGAAAAUAACAGAGAAAGCAAGAGGAACAGCUUAAUUUUGGAUAAUCGUAUAAUUAAGAAGCAAUUCAUGAAACCGGAUAAUUUUGGCAAAGAAAGUUUUGAUGAUUUUGUGAGAAACGAAGAGGAAAAUAUGCAAAUGGUAGGAGAUAUUUGA